AGCCGUGUUUUUCUUGCCACAUGCUGUGUGACCGCGAGUGUGUUCGUGAUGGCGCUGGUUGUUUCACUUGCCUUGCUCCUUCCGACUUCGGUCAAGCCAGCGAAAGAAAGCACUGCUCACACGAAUACGGUAUGGCCGACUGGAUAUGUUACAUGUCCACAGAACGCCACGGGACUGAUAAUGGCGAUGAUGACACAGAACGCCACAGUCCAAGCGGAUACUGACCGACAUGUGGAAUACACAUCAUCUACACAUGCACCUGCUGCCAGCACUGAAGAGAUUGAGAUCCAAGAAGUCAACCGGACCAUAACUAAUGUUACCUUCGGCGGACAUGGUUCUAAAGUCGUCAGGUUUUCUGGAGUAAGCAAUGCCGCUGUGUCGCCUAGCAACGAGGUAUUUGUUGCGGACACGUUUAACAGGAGAGUUCAAGUCUUUAACAUGGAGGGCGUCUACCUCCGGAAGUUCCCGACGGUCGUGUCUGUGGAAGGAUCCGAGACUAUGAACCCGUACGACAUGUCCAUUGACGGGAAGGGUCAUCUGUGGGUGAUUGGAGAGACCGACUCGUUAGAACUGAUCCUUGUCCGGUACACGAAAACGGGACGCCACAUAAUCACAAUCCAUCCACCUUCCCUAUUCACGACCUUUAACGACAUUGCGGUCGACACACUUCGGAAUCACGUCAUCGUCAUAGCAGAAAAUGCGCAAGGAGCUCGAGUCUCUAGGGAAGUCAUGGUGCUUCUUUACAAUGGUACCGUGGUCCGAAAGUUUGAAACGCGGCAAGGGUGGCCUAACUUUAUUACUGUAGACAGAAAUGGACGAUAUUUGGUAACUGACGUUUAUAAAACUCGCGACCUUGUGUAUGUCUAUAGCGAGACUGGACAAUACCAGUUUAGUUUUGGAAGUGAGGGCCGGAUAUCAACGCCCAUGGGAAUCUGUGUGUACAGUUCAGGUAAAUUUGUUCUAGUGGCAGAUGGGUAUGAUGUAAGCUUAGAAAUGUUCACAGACAGCGGGGAGCAUGUCCGCCGCGUUGUGCCCGGUGUGAUGUUCACGGGAAUAGCUGUAGCACCAGGUGGCCAGCUGGUUCUAGUGAAUGAAAUUCAUGAUACCGUCACCAUACUGUCACGCUAUUGAUCCUGUCCUGAAAGAAGUAGCUGUUUUGACACAAAAAAGUACAGUAACUUUUGUUCCGUCAACAACAAACUGUAAUUCUCCUUCGUGAGUAUAAUUUUGUGUAUAUCACUCUCUGUUUAUAUAAUCUAACACAACAAGCUGGAAUAACAGGUACCAGAGAUAUUCAUUUAGAACUCUUAAGUCAUGUGAUGUCAUCAGUGUCAUGUUGGCGUCUCUAUUUGCAGGUCAAUGAAUCAUACCUCAAGCGUUCUAGACAUUUAAAGAUCUUCUGCCCCCCUCAAAUAACCACCAUUGAAUGUCUACAGCUGUAAUAAGUGAAUACAAGAAGAACACCUAAAACAAAAAUACUAAGUACACUUGAGCUAGCUAUAUGAUCCAUUGAAAUGCAAAUAGGGACACCAACAUGGCAGUCGGCACCUACCUGCUUCAUUGAGAUUGAAAGUGUUUAUAUUCUGUAUAGAUAAUGGUCUUAGUAAAUGCUAUCAACUAAAUCGUACAUUCCUUAUUCAUUUACUUUUAUUAUAGGUUACGGCCAAUGAUAUAUUGUCAACAGUUUCUAUUCAAUCUGUCAACUUGCAUUUUACUUCUGUCUCUAUGGUAAAUUACUUUAAAAUAUGGAAUAUCUUGUUGACCUUUGUUA